CCUGAUCCUACUUCUGUAGCAGGAAACGACCAUGCUUCGGGUUUUGUUGCUGGUGGAUCUGCUCAAUUGCAUGGUGCUGCCCAGACAAGUGCCUCAUCCUGGUCUUCAGCAUCAAUGAUAUUUCCACCAGCCCAAGGCAUGCCUUCAAAUGCUGAAUGGAAUGGGUAUCAGGCUACGGUCUACCCAACAUCGGAGAGGAGUUUACCCACACCUCCAGCAUUUGCAAUGAACAACCCAGUAUCUGAGACCAAUUUCUAUGCACCGCUCCAACAGCAAAUGCCAGUUGAUGAAUAUCCUCAGCGACCUGGUCAGCCUGACUGCAGUUAUUUCUUGAAAACUGGAGACUGUAAAUACAAAGCUAAUUGCAGAUUUAACCAUCCUAAGUUUCAAAGUUCCAAGUCAACAUCAUGUGCUCUUAGCGAUAAGGGUUUGCCUCUGAGACCUGAUCAAUCAAUCUGCUCGUUUUACAACCGUUAUGGCAUUUGCAAGUUUGGUCCUGCUUGCAAGUUUGACCAUCCAGAAAAUUGGGGCAAAUCAGUAGCUUCUGGUGGAGUUAGAAUGGCGAGAAAUGAAAUGGAAGCAGGUUUCUCUUAAAUCAGCAUGUUGACAAAUCUCUGUUGUCAAGUACAUGUAAUAUCUAGGAUCAAACUCUGUCCCUGGAUUUUGGAUUCUUUUAGGCCUUGGAAACUUAUUUCCUUUUAAACUCAACUGUAUACAGCUUCAGGAGGAUGUUAGGAUGUUUCUUUUUUGUUGUUAAAUUAUUAAAGCGCAAGCUAAAUAGGAUAUGUAAAAUAUCUUUUUAUAGUAAGUGUAGCAACAAAUUUACUUGAAUCUGCUGCUUAUCUAUAACUUCAUUUA